UCUAGUUUGAGAGUUGCAAGAUGUCUACCGCAGUAUAUGCUAAAUGUGUUACGAGCGAAGGCAUCUAUUUUGGGUGUAGCAAGAUGGCAACCGAAUCACCUAAGUUUCAGUAAUAGGUCCCUAAUAACAGGAUUUAAAAGGUGUGUUAAGAUGGCGGCGCCUAGUAUUGGUGUUGUUGAACAUUGGGGGGACUUGGUCUCAAUUUCUGAAGCUGGAGCGAACGAUACAAAACAUGCUAAUGUUGAGGUUGAUGUGGACAAGGCUGAUGGGAAGGCAGAAGCCACCUGGAAUGGUAGUGUGGAGAUGAAAGAUGAUACCAUGAAUGAGGGGGAUGCUGAGGUACUGGAGAGGGCAUUGAAGGAAGCCAAGCGAUUAGGUAGCCGUGAAGAUCCAACAGAGAAGAAUCCUGCUGAUAUCAGUAGUCCUCUUGUGGAGAUGUUUAUGGCCAUCAGUGGGAGCUCUGUGCCUGUCCGAAGUCAACAGAAAGGAGACCCAGAGUUCAGCCAAGAACAGAAGAUGUCCAUACUGCUUGACCUGUACGAGUCAAAACCUCUUGUGUUUCUUGAGCGUUUCAGUAAAGUCCUUAGAGAAGAACAUCUCGGGUGCUUUAGCCAUCUCUCUGGGGACUACACUGCAGACUACUACUGCAAGGAGAUACGGAAGGCAUCACUGAAAAGGGUUGACCGUACCAGAGUGCGGAAUAAGAGGUAUGCAGCUCUUCAGCAGCUUAUCACAGCCGGAGAGUAUUUCAGUGAUGAGCAGAUGCGUGAGCGAGACCCCUUGAUGUAUGAGCAGUAUGUUGGUCAGUACCAGAGCGAGGAGGAGAUCAUGUCCAAGAACAGCAGAGAGUUGUCUCAGGCCACUAGCCUAUCAGUGGUGCUGCUCAAUUCUUGCCAUGAGCAGGUUUUGCAGAGGAGGCUGGAGGCCCAGAAGGAGCUGGAGGAGAAUUGUGAGGAGGAAGAAGACACAGAUGAUGAUGAAGCAGAAUCUGAGCUGCAGUCAGACGAGGAGCAAGAGGUUAACAGUGAGGAGAGGGCUCUGAUGCGUGAAGAAUUCAUCAGCCGUAUGCACUGGAGAUUCCUGGAUGGAAAGGAUCACAAUUUUGACUACAGUGAAGUCGAUGAAAACCCAGAUUUUGACAACCUGGACAUUAUUACUCAUGAUGAGGAGGAGAAAUACUUUGACGACGAUGAUGAUUCAGACGAAAUGGAAACAGAGGAAAAACCAAAUACCAAUGAGAGAGGGACAAUUGGUGUGCAGGAGUAAGUGAUGCUGCAGGAAUAUCUUCUGAUGCUUUCAAGGCGCUUCCACUGGAAGUCGCGCACGGACAUCAUAGGACAUUGCGACGGAGACCCUUGGGGUUCAAAAUGACUUAAUCAGCAUUUGUGCUUUAAGUUUAAUAGAGAAUGUUAAAGAAUAACAAAAUGCCCUAAACAUAGCCAUCUGGUUCGAUUGUUGCUAUGUCCUGAUAAGGAAAGUUUAUAGUCAUGUUAGGAGUUGUCCACAAGAUGGCAGCAGGGGCCUAUUUUUGUUUUUUACAUUAUCUUGUGGUUUAUGUCCCUCUUUCUUAGUCAUGAGGCACUGACUCAGGGGAUUUGCUGUGUAUAUUACUGUGUUUAGUUAACACGACUAUGACAGUAUAGGUUUGUACACAUGUAUAUAAGAUGAAGCCGUUUUCGUUGCUGUUAAUUUUUUUUUCAUUUCUCUGUGCUCCCCACUCCCCCCCCCUCUUUUUAUUGCUCAGAUGCCCUUGUGCGCAGCCUUUUGCGCUCUGGUACCUAAUACACUUCACUCAUA